CCUCGACCCAGCCCUGCGCUCGGCGACUUUCCGCCUCGUGCCACCUCGUGCCGCCUCGCCAUGUCGCUCGACAUCAAGCUCUCGACGCCGACGCAGUGCGCGAACCAGACGCUCACGUGGAGCGGGCCGCCUGUGCGCAAAGGGAUCGGGAUGUGGGUCCAGGGCACGAACUACUUUGCCGAGAUCCUGACCGACAGCUUCACCGACACGCUCGGCACCGUCUCGUGGGUGUGCGACGUGCCGGCCGGCGCCUGGAUCGCGUUCGAGGUGUUUGACGUCGCCAACGCGACGAGCUGGGCCGCGUCGCAGUUCUACCAGGUGCAGCCGGGUACGACCGACGAGUGUCUGAGGACCAACGAGGGCCAGAAGGCCGUCGAGUCGAUGGCGGCGCUCGCGAGCAGCUUGUCGAGCGCGAGCCCGCAGCUGUUCACGUACCCGCCGACAACAACCCGCACCCUCGUUCCGGCGACGACCCAGCCCCUGUCCUCCUCGACCUCGCUCUCGCCGACCGACUCGCCCUCGUCCUCCUCGUCCCUUGACGUCGGCGCCCUCGCAGGCGGCAUCGCCGGCGGCGUCCUCGGCAUCCUCGCCCUCGCCGCCAUGCUCUUCCUCCUCGUCCGCCGCCGCGCCCGCCGCCGCCGCCAAGGCCGAGCCGGCUCGAGCCUCGCUCCCGACACGGAAAAGGCGACCGGCGCUCCUCCCCAGCACGCCCCGGCGGGCUUCUUCCGCACCAUGAGCAGGUCGGGCAACCCGGUCGACGCGUGGCGCAACCGGGUCCAGUCGGGUGCGCCGCCGUCGGCGCGCACGCGAGCCCCGUCCGGCGCGACGACGACGGUCGGCGGGGCGCUGAGCCCGUUCAAGCGCUCCGCGGCGGCGGGCCCGGCGGGACAGCAGCAGCAGCAGCCGCAGCAGCAGUCGCUCGGGCCGCGAGCGGGCGUGCCCGAGGUGGGCGAGGCGGGCGACCAUGAGGCGCACCGCCGGGGAGGAGGGGGGCCGCUCGGCGACGGGUACGGCGCGCUGCCACUCGCGAGCGCGUCGGCGACUCGGCUGCUCGAGACGCACGAGGGCGGCGGCGAGGCGUUGGGCAUGGUGCGGCCGCCGACGAGGUUGACGACGCCCGGCGGGCUGACCGAGUUUGGUGGAGCGGGCACAGCCGAGGGGUGGAGGGGCCGGGACGAGGGCGACGGGCAGGGGCGAGUGCCCGUCACCUCGCUCUGGAGGCACCCUGCACCCCCAGCACACCGCCCACCAGCUCGCCCCUUCGCUACCGCCCCUCCACCAGCUCGACGAGGCGUCGUCGACCUCGCCCUCCUCGGAGCCGCUGGCGCCGCCAUCACCGGCUUCCUCCUGUACCGCGGGUCCGCCAAGGGCAACGACGACAUGCCUGGCCCGACAGAGGGCGAGCGCACCAGCUUCACCGUCCCCGUCAUCGCCCAGACCGGCGCCACGGGCACCAAGACGCUCACGCUCCUCAGCCCCGCCGAGACCAACGCCCGCCUCAAGGAGAACGAGGCGUCGUUCGCCGUCUCGCGCCGCAACAACCCGCUCAUCCGCUACGACACCAACAACCUCGCGUCCAACUCGCCCAUCGAGGACGACUCGUGCUGCGUCAUCCUCGAGCGCGACCAGCAGAGCAAGGUCCAGGGCGACCUCGUCUUCUUUGGCGUGUUUGACGGUCACUCGGGCUGGCAGACGUCGCGCCUCCUCUCGUCGUCGCUCGUGUCGUACGUCGCGCGCGAGCUCGACCUCGUCUUUCGCGGGUCCGACCCGUACCUGUCGCUCGUCAACCCUCCCUCGUCGUCCUCCUCGUCCUCGUCCAAGCCCUCGAUCUGGUCCCUCUUCUCGUCGUCGCCGCCCGCGCCCAAACCUCAGCUCGACAAGCACGACCCCAUCAUGCAGGCCGCCAUCAAGAACGCCUUUUCCAAGAUGGACCACGAGAUCGUGUCGGCGCCCGUCCGCCUCCUCGACAAGCUCCAGCGCGAGGGCAAGCUCCCGACCGCGUCGACCAAGGGCGGCGCCGUCAUGGGCAUCGAGCAGUCCGAGGCCCUGAGCACCCUCCUCCCCGCCCUCAGCGGCAGCUGCGCCCUCCUCGCCUUCCUCGACGCGGGGCGCAACCGCCUCCACGUCGCCGUCACUGGCGACUCGCGCGCCGUCAUGGGCGUGUGGGUCCCCGACCCCAAGCGCGAGGGCGGCGGCGGCAAGUGGCGCGUCGAGCCCCUCUCGGAGGACCAGACGGGCCGCAACCCGAACGAGGUCGCGCGCGUCCAGGCCGAGCACCCGUCGAACGAGCGCGACACGGUCAUUGCGCGCGGCCGCGUCCUCGGCAGCCUCGAGCCGACGCGCGCGUUCGGCGACGCGCGCUACAAGUGGCCCCCUGGGACGCAGCAGAAGCUCGCGCAGGCGUUCCACCCUGGGUCGGUCCGCGGCCCGCCGCGCAACUACCACACCCCGCCGUACGUGACGGCGACGCCCGAGGUCGUCACGGUCGACCUGUCGGCCGGCACGAGCAAGGCCCGCAAGGCCAUUGGCUCGUUCCUGCCCGUGUCGAGCCCGGAGGAGCCGCCUGCGACUCGCUUUGUCGUCCUCGCGACCGACGGCCUCUACGACCGUCUCGACAACCAGGAGAUCGUCUCGCUCGUCGGCGCCCACCUGUGCGGCGUGCGCGGCACCCAGACGCGGCCCUCGGUCCUGUCGCACUCGGUCGACCCGACCGCCAUCUCGGGCCCGCACACGUCGCACGUGCCGCGCCAGGAGCCGACGCGCGGCGAGGGCGAGGUCUUUACGUUCGAGGACACGGGCAACCUCGCGACCCACUUGAUCCGCAACGCGCUCGGCGGCGCAAAGAGGGACCAGGUGUCGGUCUUGCUCAGCAUCCCGGCGCCGUUGAGCCGGCGGUACCGCGACGACAUCACGUGCACCGUCAUCCUGCUCGGCGAUGCGGCGCGCGACGGCGAGGGCGGCAGCGGCGGCGUGUACAGGCGCGAGGAGGGGUUCGACAUCCCGCUCAAGGCCAAGCUGUAGAGAGCGGCCCUGCAACGUUGCAUGCAUGGUCUCGAG